AUGGCACCGGGCACUCCGGAGGAGGCAGCGGCGCAGCCGCCAACGCUCCAGCAGAUCGCGAAUCUUUUGAAGCAGGAGGUGCAGCCACUUCGGAAGGCGGUGGAGGGCUUAGAGCGCAAAGUGACAGAGAUCGGAGGGACCAUGGGGGAGAGGAUGACGGAGGUAGAGAGCAAGAUGGAGAACAUGGACGCGCGCCUGACGCACUUGGAAACCAGUUCGGCGGGUUCCCGGACAGAUGCAGAAGUGCGAGAACAGUUGAAGAUGCUGGAGGCCCAGAUCUCGGAGCUCAAGCUGAUGGACAACACGCAGAAGAGCAAUGGGAACCAAUACGAGGAGUACACUGCGGUGGUCGGUGGCCUUCAGACGAUCGGCAGCACGGAGAACGCGAAGAAGUGGAUAGAGGCGAACAUGUGGGACCUCUACGGGCCGCAGCCGGCAGAGGUGUACUCUAAAAGGCAGUUUCGUGGUCUCAUCUUCGUUCGAUUCAGGAGCCGUGCUGACAGGGACACUACCGUGAAACUCCUCCGCCAGGCCUCUCUCAAGGAGGGCGGGAACGAUAUUUGGGCAAAGAGGGACAUGAUCCUCACGUCUUUCGCGUUUAGCGUCAAACACCUUCUCAAGCAGUGGGGCUUCACGGCCGAGAGCGGCACGGUGUGGGUCGGUGCCGAUGUGGCGGCGAGCGGGAGGAUCGUGGGCAACAAGUUUGAGACCGACUUUGGCACGGGCUGGGAGGAAUGGUUCAAGCAGGACGGCUACACCAACUUCCAGGACUUGGUCGCGAACCUCAACGCCAAGCUCGGCAAGAUCCCGUCCAAAGGCCUCGGGAAAGGGAAGGGGAAAGGGAAGGCUGCCGCCAAGGGCAGCAAGUAG